CUGGGUCCGCCGCCCGCGGCGCGUCCGGCGGUCCAGGGCGGGUCCCCGCGGGGUCGCCGCCGGGGAGCGGGGAGGCACUUCCUGGGGGGGUCCCACCCUGGCGCGGGCCUUGCGGGAGGAGCUAUUUUUGUACCUUCCAAGCUGCGGACUGCCCUGAAGUGGUUGCGGGUUUUUUGUUGACCUCAACCCCGAGGGGGAGCCCCUGGUGUGACUAGCUUCCUGCAGCCCGCCCUGCCCUGCCCUCCCCUGGCCUUGGGGUGCCCAUGGGCGGCCCCACUCCGCGCACGUUCUCUGUACACAAUGGGGAGGAGACCCCAGUGCUCGAAGGGUUCCUAUUUGUGAUUUCCGUGGUUUGCUCAAACCCACCCUCCCUGUAGGUAACGGUAAGGACUCUCAGAUUCGGAGUCUGUCCGGGUGAGAGCUUCGCCAGCUGUGGAGUCCCUGGAGAAGUAGGGAAUAUUAGGCGGCUGAAAGGGCGGUAGACGAAGGCCUGCCCCAGCUUUCAGAAGAUGCCUGUGGUCCAGCAUGGUGGCUCAAGCCUGUAAUCCCAGCUCCUUGUCAGGCUGGGGCAGGUGGAUUGCUCCAAGGUCGAGGUGAUUAGCAUGCAGAUCCCCAUGGUCUGAUCUGCCGCCCUUUCUUUGACAUGGCCCACCGGGGUGGGGAAAGGGACUUCCAGACUUCUGCUCGGCGCAUGGGCACCUCCCUGCUCUUCCAGCUGUCAGUGCACGAACGGGAGCUGGACCUGGUUUUCCUGGAUCAUAGCUAUGCCAAGCCAUGGAGUGCCCACCCAGAUGCCAGUAGCGCCCGCCCCACCCGCAUGCUCUUUGUUACUCCCCGUCGGCAGCAGGAGAAUACUAUUGAGUCAGAUGCCCCGGUAGAUGUGGAGACGGUGACUUCGACCCCUGUGCCUCUCUAUGACAAUCAGAAGGCCCGCAGUGUGAUGAACGAGUGUGAGCGGCACGUCAUCUUUGCCAGGACCGACGCCGAUGCCCCGCCCCCACCGGAGGACUGGGAAGAGCACGUCAACAGGACUGGCUGGACAAUGGCCCAGAACAAGCUAUUCAACAAGAUCCUCAAAGCCCUGCAGUCUGACCGGCUUGCCCGCUUGGCCAAUGAAGGGGCUUGUAAUGAGCCAGUGCUGCGCCGUGUUGCCGUGGACAAGUGUGCGAGGAGGGUGCGGCAGGCGUUGGCGAGUGUGAGCUGGGACACCAAGCUGACCCAGUGGCUGCACACUACCCUCGUGGAGACCCUGAGUCUGCCCAUGCUGGCUGCCUACCUGGAUGCUCUGCAGACGUUAAAAGGGAAGAUCCCGACCUUGAUUGACCGCAUGCUCGUGUCAUCCAACACGAAGUCUGGGGCUGCAGGAGCGGAGGCCUUGUCUCUCCUCCUGAAGAGGCCAUGGGACCCUGCUGUGGGUGUCCUUUCUCAUAACAAACCAAGCAAACUCCCGGGCUCUCCUCUGAUUCUCAUCGCCUCUUCAGGCCCCUCCAGCUCCAUGUUCCCCACCUCACGCCGCCACCGCUUUUGGCAGUCUCAGCUCUCCUGCUUAGGCAAGGUCAUCCCCGUGGCCACCCACCUGCUGAACAGCGGCAGCGGGGUGGGUGUGCUGCAGUGUCUGGAGCACAUGAUCGGGGCAGUGCGGAGCAAAGUGCUGGAGAUUCACAGCCAUUUUCCACAUAAACCAGUUAUCUUGAUUGGCUGGAACACGGGAGCUCUGGUGGCCUGUCACGUGUCAGUGAUGGAGUAUGUCACGGCUGUCGUCUGCCUUGGGUUUCCUCUCCUUACAGUGGAUGGCCCUCGAGGGGAUGUGGAUGAUCCCCUCUUAGACAUGAAGACUCCGGUCCUCUUUGUCAUUGGUCAGAACUCUCUGCAGUGUCACCCGGAAGCUAUGGAGGACUUCCGGGAAAAGAUACGCGCGGAGAACAGCUUGGUGGUGGUCGGAGGAGCUGACGAUAACCUCAGAAUAAGCAAAGCAAAAAAGAAAUCAGAAGGGUUGACUCAGAGCAUGGUGGACAGAUGUAUUCAGGAUGAAAUCGUGGACUUCCUGACUGGUGUGCUCACUCGCACUGAGGGCCACGUGGGCUCAGAGCCCCGGGACCAGGACGCCGAGAAGAAGAAGAAGCCCCGCGACAUGUCCCGCAGAGACCUGCCCUUCGAGGUCCCCGAGCGGGGCAGUCGGCCUGCUUCCCCAGCCGCCAAGCUGCCUGCCUCGCCCUCGGGCUCAGAGGAUCUCUCCAGUGUGUCCAGCAGCCCCACCUCCAGUCCCAAGACCAAGGUGACCACAGUGACCUCUGCCCAGAAGUCUAGUCAGGUUGGGAGCUCUCAGCUGCUGAAGAGGCACAUGCAGCGGACAGAAGCUGUGCUGACCCACAAACAAGCCCAAGCACAGUUUGCUGCUUUUCUGAAACAAAACAUGCUGGUGAGGAAAGCUCUUCCUCCCGGCACCUCCUGUCUUGUUGUUCCCAUUUCCUCAGAGCCAGCGGAGGAGGUGGAGAAGGAGGAGCUGAGGGUCCAGCUGAAGCGGCACCACCCCUCCAGCCCUCUUCCUGGUAGCAAGGCCUCCAAGCGGCCCAAGAUCAAAGUGUCCCUCAUCUCACAAGGGGAUGUGGCCGGAGGGGCUCCAGAAGCUGCGGGAGGAAAGCCCAUCACCAUGACGCUGGGCCAGGCAUCCGUGGGGACCAAGGAGCUCACCGGGCUUCUCACCACAGCCAAGUCAAAUGCUUCUGAAGGUGGAGUUGCGGCCAGCCCCACCCCUGCAGGGGUCUCCAGCAGCACCUCUCCCAGUGCUCUGCACACACUCCAGAGCCGCUUGGUGGCCACGUCUCCUGGCAGCUCCCUCCCAGGGGCAGCUUCAGCUAGCAGCCUCCUCCAAGGCCUCAGCUUCAGCCUGCAGGAUAUCAGCGGCAAGAGCUCCGGCCUCCCCACGAACCCCUCCUCGGGCCUGGCCGCGCAGGCCACCAGUGUGAAGCUGCCCACCCCCAUGCAGAGCCUGGGUGCCAUCACCACUGGCACCAGCACCCUUGUCCGUACCAUUCCAGUGGCCACCACUCUCUCCUCCUUGGGCACCACCCCUGGUGGGAAGCCCACAGCCAUCCACCAGCUUCUGACCAACGGAGGCCUCGCUAAGUUGGCAAGCAGCCUUCCUGGCCUGGCUCAGAUCUCUAACCAAGCUUCAGGUCUGAAAGUCCCCACCACCAUAACUCUGACACUCCGUGGCCAGCCAAGCAGGAUCACCACACUGAGCCCCAUGGGUUCGGGGCCAGGUGGGCCUGAGGAGCCCAUGUCCCAGGCGCUGGCCUCCAGCUCACAGGAAAGCGUUCACAUUGUUCCUGUGUUGAAAGCAAAGCUAGGGUUGGCCCUCCACCUGGAAUGUCGGAAACUGCCAUGAAGACAAAAUGCCCAGGACAACUGAAGAGAAGCCCUUCGCUGAGAGGGAGAACAUCCACCAAGGAGGACGUCCCAGAAAAAGAAGGUGUUACGGUACGGACACAGGUGUCCCCCAAAAGUCUUGCACUCACCGGGGGUCUGGGGGAGGUGACUGGUCCCGGCGCUGCGUUCUCCCGCGGUGUAGCCCUCUGAGGCAUUCGCACGGAGCCUGCUGUUAGGAGAGGGGCCUGCUGGAAGACACUGGUCACUGGCGUGUGACCUGAAGGGCACGGUGCUGCCCCAGCCCCGCCCUGCUCUCCUUCCCAGCUAUUCCAGUGCGCCCUUUCAGCUGGCUGAAGACUGAACCCUUCACAAUAAACUGAGCCAGAGGAAACCGCCUCUAAGUGGUAGAUGGCAGGUAUUUUUCCCAGCAAUGAGAAAGUGAUUAAUACAGCAGGGGGCCGGGGAUCUUACAGAGGCAGUCAGACAAGAGAACCAUCUGUGUCAUCCCCAAGUCCUGUGGAAGUCCCGCUGAAGGAGGGAAACCAGCCUUAUCGUGGUUGGUGCCAGGGCAGGGUGGUGCCAGGGUUGAGCAGACUAGCAGCUGUUUCCUGGAACACGGGCUGGGUGGGGCAGUUCAAAGCUAGUGUUGUUUUGGGGGACAUAGGGCUGAAGCAAAGUUCAUCAUCCCCAACCCCCCCUUUUGUUCAGGAUGAGUAUCGUCCAUCUUUGAACAGCUCCCAAGUGACCAUCAACUUAGGAGGCAACAGGGGCUACGAAACAAUCGUCCAGGACUGUUGCUGGUGCUGUCUUCGCAGAAUCAGGAGACCCAUCUAGUGAGAGGUGGUGGCAGUGGGCAGUUGUUUUAGAGUCCUGGGAUCAGGCAUCUUACAAGGGGAUGAUCAAAGUGAAGAAGAGGAUAUUAACAUAGAAGGCUGGAUUCAGGUGGAGCCAGGAAUCGAACCCUGAGGGUAACCAGUUCCAAGCAGCAACGGAAGAAAACCUUUUAGUUAUGCAGCCCAGCUUAUUGGGCUCCGGAAGCCCCUGAACUGGGUGUCCACACUCGGUGGUGUGCACUGUUGGUUCUGCUCACAUAGACGUGCGUAUCUGAGCAUCUCGCUGGGCCUCUUGGUGGCCCUGACAGUGGGUUUUCCUGGGAGAGGUCCAGCCCCGCAUGGUCUGUGGGGAUGAUGGGCCCUUGAGGUCUGUGUCCAUCACAGGGUUCUGCAGGUCCUGGAGAAAGGACUAUGUAAGGCAGAUGGAGCCCUGACGCACAUCUAGAUGGCCAGGUUUUAGUCUGGUGAUGGUGAGUUAAGCAGGAGGUAGAAAAAUUGGAAACGUUAUUUGGAAGAUUAUAGCAGAUACUGACUAUAGUGGGGAGAAUUGAAAUUUUGUACAAGUUGACAGUUUGGGCAAGGCGACAGCAUCCAAUCCAGUACACACAGGUACCCAAGCUCGCUUUGCCAGAGUGAGAGGAAGGCAGUCAGACCGCCAGCAGACAAAACAGUUGUCAUAUGUCACCUGCAGUGUCCAAAGAGGUACGAGAGCCAGAACCUGAUCACCAGGAUGGACGUGCAUAGUGGCCUGUCAAAACAAUUUUCCUCCUCGGUCGCCUUCAUCUUGAUGAAAAGUAAUCUCAAAGAAAGGUUACUCUUCAUCAGAGAAGCGUCAGAGUAAAACAGCAUAUCUGUAGAUGGCAAAAGACUUCAAAUGACUGUGGUUCAAAUACUGUGAAUUAUCAGAAGUGGAAGAUCUGAUGAGAAUUCGUUACGAGACAAUGCAACUGACAGAAUCAGUUUUUGGGGCACACAAAAGAUAAAGUCAAUCGGAAGUUUCAGGCAAAAUAUAAAAAUAAUGUCUUAAAAGAUGUGGGGGAUGUAGGUGACAGAGAGCUUGCUUAGCACGCACAGAGGGCUCCCUGUGUUCAAUCCCUAGUACUGUAAAAAGUUUUGGGGUUUUUUUAAGACUGGGAUUCCAUCUAAUUUACAAAAAAGAAAAAGUAAUCUUUUCAGGAAAAAAAUAUUAUAAAAUAUAACCCCCCCAAAUGUAAAUAGCAGUCCUAAGACAGAUCAUGAGUAUACCAAGUGUGCAGUUAGAACACACCUUACCUAAGCCCUGCCGUCGUGGGAACUUGGUCCCAGGAAACAGCUUCUCUGCGUGACCUGGAGACUGUUUUCUCUUCACGUAUAUAGAUCUUUCCCUUGUCACCUGCGCAGGACUCCUUAGACGCCCCUGGUUUACCUGUGACCCUCACAUCACACUCAAAACCUCGGAUGUUCCAUUCUGUGCCUCAUGAAUGCCUGGCUGAACUGCUUUGUCCUUGCUGAUCAAUAGGAGCAAAAUAAAAAUGUUUGGCUCAGCUUC